CCUUUCUCCGACCCCCCAGCACCAGCGCCAACGCCUCCAUAUUUGCCUAGGUACCUACCUACCGACCGGCCUAACCCAAGGUGUAAAGAUAGAUAGACCGACAGAGUCGGAUCCCAGCCAAAGACAUCCCGCUCGGGUCCCAUUCGAUUCCCGCUCCCGCCCUGCUACAACACUCAUUCAUCCGCUGGACUCGAUCUGGCUGACUUUCCGGCCUCUGACCGCAUUCCCAAUCACAACCUCAUUCCCCAACUUUCGAUCUCCUCAGCAUCCUCACCCCACUCUGUCCGUUCGCCUCGACGACAAUCAGAGAGACAGACAGACAGGCGGACGCACGACGAUACCCUCUGCCACAUACCCUUGGAGAUUAUCCGUACACGACUAAAUCGUCGCCGAUGAGACCAGCCUUGAAUUGUCGUCUUUCAUCGACUCCAUCUCGCUAGUCUCGGAAUCUGACCGUUGCUGCCGUCAACAAAGACGUUGCACGCUGGUCGUCGUUGGCGCCAUUUUACGUUGCGCCUAGUGUGUUUGACUUGAACAAGGAGAAACGGCAACCGGAUUCCUGAUCUGCGGCAGUGACCGCACUGGUAUAGAGGACCCGGACACGAGGGGGAACAAUCGUCGCCCUCCCUCAGCACCCACACGACCUGUUCGACCCGGCGACGGGCAUUGUUCUUCACCGUGCGGAGAACCUCAAUGUUCCUCACUCGCCCGCCUUUGGCCACGGCACACGACUGAAUAGAACGCAAUGCGCCCCAGAACCUCGGAAACCCAGCCCUCGCAGGCCGCUGCCGCUCCCUCGAACCAUCACCAAGGGAUCGCGUCGGCCCCGCCUCCACCUGACGCUCACCACGAUCAACACACACAAUACCAUCACCAUCGCGAAUCCAGUCAGCAGCAGCCUCACGAACCCUCGUCACAGGGCGGCGCAAACGUUGGCCAACCUUCCUUUUCCUCCUACCAUCAGACCUUCCCCGUCAUACCGUCAUCCUACUACCAUGAACCCGGCUCCUUUGCCCACGACGAUUACGACGACUACGGAGACUAUGACGAUGAUACCGACGAAGCCGACGAUGACGACGACGAUGACCUGGACAUGAGCGACAGCGACGGAGGCGCUCCCUUGGAUCAUAUAAUGACCGUCACCAGUCUUCUCUCCCCCAUGCCCGAGGGCGAGGCCAGCGCAAACCCUACCGAACCCUACCCCGGGAACCUUGACGGCGAGCAACCCUCUCAUCCGGCACCGGAGCAUCAAAACGCAUCCAGCGAACCACCUGCCCACAUGAUCAACUACUGGAGCAUACCGCUUGCCACCGGGCAUGGUUUUCUUGACCCGACAGGAUCUCAAAACCCCACCCCGCUCGACACCACUCCUUUCCACCCCUUGCUACAUGCCGGAAACAUGGAGGAGGACGACGAGAGUGACGACGUCUUCUACCCGAGCGUCGCCGAGCAGCUGCAGCAGUUCCAAGUGGUCGCCGUCGACGAGGAAGAGGCGGCGUGGCAAGCAACUGGUCCUCCGGCCAUCAGCAAUCCUAUCUCCAGCACUCUCGGGCCAGAAAACCCGGGGCUGACCGACUUUCUCAAAGACUGGGCCUGGCGCAACCGAUAUCAGUCUCGUGGUCCCAGUCCUGGUAUUCGCCAGAUCAACGAGCAGGCAGCACGGAAGAUCUCGCGAGUCCGCUACUCGGACCUCCAGGGCAACCGGUGUGAUGCGCAAGGCAUCGAUUGGAAUGACUUGGGCGUCACACGGAAGAACGCUCGCGAACGUCGAAGCCUGGAUUACAAGAAUUACACUAACAGGUCAGAUUCGGAUAUCUGGGCCCCACAUCUACCCGACAGGAUCAUUCGGAACACGGAAGAUCUCUUCAGGUUCCGCCGCAUGGACAUCCGUCAAAACGUCCACCUGGCCCAUUUCCAGCUGCGCAACAUUUUGGCAUGCGCAGGACGGAGUCAUGCCUUCUACCCUGGUCAGGGAGCCGUACACCAGAUCAACCCAGUGUCUGGCGAGAGCGAGGUGGCCAUGGACCUAAACGACAUGAUUGGAGUGCAAAUCUCGACCUUGGAUGCGAAUUGUGGCCUUCUUAUCGCAGGCACCUUCAACGGCGAGUACUGCAUGCGAAACAUCUACAGCCAGGACAAGAAGUACACCGAGGGACAAAUCACCAGCCACGUCAGUGGCAUCACCAACCACCUGCAGAUUCACCAGUCGAGGAACUCAUCGGCACCGCUAGCAGCGUUCGCGUCCAACGAUCAAGGCUUCCGUGUCAUGGACGUCGCCACGGAAAAGUUUGUUCUAGACACGCAGUAUGGCUGCCCCAUCAACUGCUCCGCCCUGUCAGCCGAUCGCCGCUUGCGUGUAAUGGUCGGUGAUAACUACAACGUCCUCAUCGCCAACGCAGACACUGGUGAAAUACUACAAGAGCUGGGUGGCCAUAGAGACUUUGGCUUUGCCUGCGACUGGUCCGACAACGGCUGGACGGUCGCAACGGGCUUCCAAGACAUGAGUGUCAAGCUGUGGGACGCCCGGAUGUGGACCAACUCGGAUGGUAGCAGCAAACCACUCACCACCAUUCGAUCCGAGAUGGCAGGCGUUCGCAGCCUCAGGUUCUCUCCCACGGGCAGUGGUCCCCAAGUUCUCGUUGCGGCUGAAGAAGCCGACUAUGUCAACAUUAUUGACAUUCGAACCCUCGCACAUAAACAAACUUUCGACAUCUUUGGAGAGAUUGGAGGCGUUGAAUUCACAAAUGACGGCCAAGAUCUAAACAUUCUCUGCAUGGACCGGACUCGCGGAGGGUUGGUCCAGCUGGAACGCUGCAACGUGGGCUACGACGCCGAGGCCGACUUCAAGUAUUCACAUCAGGCAGCACCAUUGGAUGCUUGGUGGAAGGCCAGUCAGGCCGGCCCUUUUGCCGACACAAAGAUGACUGGGCCAAAGACAGCGGCCUGGCAAGAAAGAAGCACCAUCUUCUUUGAUGAUCUGGAGCCUUUCUGAAGUACAUGAUACCCCCGAUCUGCAACCAUUCUUCAAGGCUUGCAGUGCUGUUUGGUUGAGAUGAACGAUGGUCCAAUCUGGCAUGGGCAUUGGUAUUGGCGUUUUGGUAUUCCAAGGGCACGUUGUCCCACGGAAAUGUUGCUCAAUCACAAUGGGCUGGCACGACCUCGGAUUUUUUUACUACUGGUCCGCCCAACUUCUUGUCGGCAUACGAUCGAUAUAUAAACUGUGCCAGUGCUCUGGAGCACUGGCUGUUGACAAAGCUGGCGGGAAACACAAGGUUUGCUUUUAGGGCAUUUUCUCCAUUUCUCUUCCAACUAGCACAGCGUGGUAAUGCUAUUUCUGCAUAGAAAUUAACGACGUCAUGGAAGGGGCAUCAGGAAUAUGGUGUCCAUGGUCUAUAUUGAUCAAAGGGCUGGUUUUCAUCGUUUCUUUCUCCCUCCCAUUGUGUGUGCCACCCCCUUUUUCCCCCCUUUACUUCAGAUAUAUGGGCAAUUCCAAAGCGGUUACUUCUGGCAGCAUGUAGGCACGUACUCGGGUCCAUCCUAGGUGUGGAUUGAGUGGACAUGUGGUGACGAAUCAUCUCAUGAGGGAUGCCACUGUAACCUGGGAGAGUAAGUCCACAGCUUCGCAUUUACCGGGUUGCUCUAGGCGACGAAGCGACGUGGAAACGUUUUGGAUGGCGAUAAACCGUUGGGGGGGAGUGGCUCGGGAUAUACAAUCCGAGAAAUUGAGACGUAUUCCAUUUCACAGUUGCUCGUCACCGCGGUUCUAUCGUCGAAACGAACGUGACCUGGGGACGUAUGAGAACAGAGCGGGGGGGUUGGCAGGUCGAAGGCUCGGGGGGAGAGAAGGAGUAAGAAGAAGGAGACUAGGCCGUGAGAGAGCGGACGUCGUCGCUGUUCCCGUCCUUUGAUGAGUGACCUAACCCGGUCUGGGACGUCUCGUGAUGGAAUUUGACCCGGUCGCAUCGCAGACCUGCCCACGUGAUCGAAACCGUGGGAAAGAAAUACUUCUUCUAUCCGACCAUCGGUUCCCCAUCUAGUUGGAAUUCCACAGGCCGCCGCGUGCUGGUCGGUCUCUGGGCGGGUCACCUGAAACGAAACACGAAGAGGGAGGGGCUAGCCAGGACACAAAUCCGGUAGGUCGGGAGGCACACUCACUCGCUAUGUCAGGCCAAGCGAGGUUAUCUACCUGCCCUCCGUUCCGCUCGGGCUGACUGGCCGGGUUCACGGACCGCUGGUUCAGAUGAGGGAAGCGCCACCGUUCGCUGCCCCCAAUGCC